AUGGUGGAUAUUCUGGACACUGGAGUGAACAGCACGAGUGCCAAUCACACAAGUUUGUCCAACUUUGCUUUCUUAUAUGGAGUUUUCCCAACAGCCCCCAGUGUGGCCAUCUAUGCUGGACACUAUAACAUGGAGUUAGAAGUGUGUGCUGAUAUUCCUCACCUGACCUCCCUGAUCACCUUGUCCCACAUCACAAUGGAGACAACCAACAGCUAUGUGCUAAUCCAUGGGAAGAACAUCUCCCAUAGCACUCUGACAGGGCCUGCUGCAGGACCUCACAUGUCCAUAGACAAGCUCUUCCCAGCUCUCCUGGAGUGCUUUGGCAUCAUACUGUGUGGCUAUAUAGCAGGCAGGGGUGACAUCAUCACAGAGAGCCAGGCUAAAGGUUUGGGGAACUUCGUAUCCAAGUUUGCUCUUCCAGCGCUGCUUUUUAAAAACAUGGUGCUGUUGGACUUCAGAAAUGUCAUAUGGGCAUUUCUGUGGAGUGUCUUGGUUGCUAAGGUGACAGUCUUUGUGCUGGUAUGUGU